AUGGCCCCUGGUAUUCAUCUUCCCGCCCUACUGGCUCUAGCAGCAGUGACAGGCCACGCCACUGCUGCUCCACACGCACGCGCCGGCGCAACAUGCAACACGGUCCAGUAUAAUUUCCCUGCUGGGACUAACAAGAAUGAUCCCCGCGCAGAAGCUGUGAAACAGGCUUAUGUGCGUGAGUGGAAUCAGUAUUCAAAAUAUGCCUUCCCCAAAGAUGAUCUUUUGCCGAUCACGCAUAAUGGCACAAAUGAUUUGUUUGGUUGGGGCGCGACUGUUGUGGAUGGCAUUGAUACUGCUAUUGUGAUGGGUCUUACCGAUAUCGUGGAGCAGCAGUUGAAGCAUAUUGCUUCAGUUGAUUUUACGAAAUCGGCUUAUAUUGUGGACUUUUUCGAUGUGAAUAUUCGAUAUCUCGGCGGACUUCUGAGUGCCUACGAUCUUAUCAAGAGUGGUGAUUUUGCUGGUUCCUACGAUGAUGAUCUCGUCGAGGCCCUGCUGUCGCAAGCCAAGUCUCUGGCCACAGCUAUUAGUCCCGUCUUUGACACCGUUACUGGUCUGCCUGCUGCGGAUCUCAACUUCUCGAGUCAACAAAUUGAGCAGAGCACUACUACCGUGAAUGGUGUCACUUACAAUAGCACCAACACCGCUCAGGCUGGAACCUUGAUUCUGGAGUACUAUCGACUCUCAGAUCUCACUGGCGAUGAAUCUUUCCGUCAGAAUGCUCAGAAGGCUGAGAAGUAUCUCAUUAACCCGAAUCCCGCCCCGGCAUUCCCUGGUCUCGUUGGUACCGAGCUGAACACCGAUACUGGUGACUUUAUCACCUUUGAUGGUGGCUGGGAAGCUGGAGUUGACAGCUUCAUUGAGUACCUGAUCAAGACUUAUGUCUAUGAUCGCGAUGACUCGUUCGCUUCCGAUAUGAAGGACUUCUGGAUCACCACUGCCGAGUCCAGUAUCCAAAAUAUCGCUCUUAGCCCCUACCAGAACCCACAGCUCACCUUCUUGUCUCAGUUAGAUACAGAUGGUAACAUCAUGUGGACUAUGGAUGACUACGCCUGCUUCGCCGGUGGUAACCUUUUGCUCGGUGGAAAAUACCUCGACCGCCCUGAUAUCACUGAUUUCGGUGUGAAGGUAGCUGAUAGCUGCCACUGGCUAUACAACCACACUCUGACCGGCCUAGGCCCAUCCAGCAUCGGUUGGUUCAACGGUAGUAACCAACCAUACGACUCAUCCUACAACACAUCCACAUACCGCGCCGAGGCCGCUAAGAACGGAGGCUAUUUCAUCGAAGACGCUGCUUAUGCCUCAUACCCUGAGCCUCUGGAAAGUAUCUUCUACGCGUACCGUGUCACGGGUGAUGAACGCUGGCAGGAGUAUAACUGGCAGAUCUUCAAUGCGCUGAAUACCACUCGCUCGAAGGCGGUGCCCUAUGCCGAGAUCACAGAUGUUAAUGCGCCAUAUGGUGGGGAGUUGUCGAAUUAUGUUGCCAGCUUCUACUUCGCUGAAGUAUUGAAGUACCUCUACCUUACUUUCGCCGAGCCGGAUGUUGUGAGUUUGGAUAAUUUCAUGGAGCUUUUCAACGCUGAGAUCAAGGAAGCGAUGGGUAGAUGGAACUCGGGGGAUAACCCGAAUUGUUAA